GGCAUAGUGAAUGGGAAGUAAAUUCUUGUUUUAUUCCAAUCCUAUCGACGAAGCAACAGGUCGUACUGCAGUUUCUCCUCUUAACCGUUUACCAAAAGUGCAUAGUCACACAAAAAAUAAACCAAAAUGGUAAACAGCAAGUUCUUAACAUUUAACAAUGGCGAAAAGAUGCCCGUGAUUGGCAUCGGCACCUGGCAGGCAUCCGACGAGGAAAUUGAAACUGCCAUAGACGCGGCGUUGGAAGCUGGUUAUCGCCACAUUGAUACGGCGCCAGUCUACCGCAAUGAAAAAGCCAUCGGAAGAGUACUCAAACGUUGGCUAGACUCGGGAAAGGUCAAGCGCGAGGAGCUUUUCAUUGUGACCAAAGUGCCACCUGUGUCCAACCGCCCCCACGAAGUGGAGCCCACAAUCAAAAAAUCACUGGAAGAUCUGCAGCUGGAAUAUGUGGACUUGUAUUUGGUGCACACUCCCUUCACCAUCCUUAUCAACGAAGAUGGAAGCUUUAAGCUUGACAAGGAUGGACUGAUGGAAGUUGACGUGACCACCAAUCACGCGGCUAUCUGGGUAGCUAUGGAGGCUCUGGUAGAGAAGGGCCUCACCAAAUCGAUUGGUGUAUCCAACUUUAGCAAGGAUCAGGUUGCACGUCUACUAAAGAACUGCAAGAUCCGACCGGCCAACAAUCAGAUUGAACAUCAUGUAUACCUGCAGCAGCGUGAUUUAGUGGACUUUUGCAAGUCUGAGAACAUUACAGUGACUGCCUACUCUCCACUGGGUUCUAAGGGAAUUGCUAAAUUUAAUGCUGGGGCCGGCAUCGUAAGGGAUUUGCCUGAUUUGAUGGACAUUCCAGAGGUUAAGGAGAUUGCCGCCGCCCAUGGUAAGACGCCAGCACAGGUACUGCUCCGCUGGAUCAUCGACACUGGAGUAUCAGCCAUCCCCAAGAGUACGAAUCCCGAUCGUCUUAAGCAGAAUUUGGAUGUCUUUGACUUUGAACUAACAGCCGAGGAGGUAGCCAAGUUGUCCAGCUUGGAUAAAAACAUUCGCGUCUGCGACUUCGCCUUCUUCCAUGGUGUGGAAAGGCAUCCGGAGUUCACCUUUAAGAAUCAGUACACCAAUUAAACAGCAUAUUUAUAUUGUAAAAAGUUUAUUUCUUUACUCUACAGAGUAUGGAAAGAAGGCAACUAUUUAUGAAUGGUGUAAAUCUUUUAAAACCAUUCUAUUUAAGUUUUUUAAUAUUUCACAGACAACAUAUGUAUUUUAAUACUCCACUGUGUUAAAUAAUAUCGACAUAAAAUAUUUUAAUUCGAGUAAA